GUACAUUACAUUAUAUUAUACGUUAUACAGAAUAUAUACAACACUGUGAUGGUAACAUAGUUCAGUGAUGGUAAAAGCAGAUUCCAAAAUUGGAAAGCACACGUGCAUUGAAUUUGAACACCGAACAUUAGUCUUAGAGCGAGUUAUUUUCUCAUAAAACACAAGGAAUGGCAUUGAUGCUUGGAAGGAUAGCAAUUGGACAGAGGUGUCUCAGCAGUAGUGCUUCAAAUGUGUUUGAAUGCGUAUUACUUAAACACAAUGUACGAUUGUGUAGCACAAGACUACCUAAAAGUGCAAGUAAUCUCGAUAAUGAUGAUUGUCAGCCAUUUGUUGAGCCUGGCCACUCACCAACUGUCCAGGAGUCUCAAUCAAUCAAUGACGCUGACACGUUUGGAGUCCUGGAUCCGAAAUUUAGAGAAAAGUCUGACCAGGAAAUGUUUCGAGGCAUCAAAAAUAACUUUCGCAACAAAUCUCAGCAUCAAAAAAUAUGUAGUCAUCUACUAAAAAGAAAAACCCAAAUUGAAAAUGAGGCGAGCGAUUACCAAGUACAGGAUGAGCGAGGCACUACAAUACAUGAUCCAUCUACCAGCAGCCACCCAGUAUCCCAGCACUUUCAGAAACAUGCUCACAGAAAGUUUAUCCCUGCUCAUGAGUUGGCAUCAUCUGAUGCGGCCAGAGAUUCCAACGACAAUGCUGAAUGGGAAAUGAACUCUUCUCACAGCCGCAGUCCCGGACAAAAUGUGCAUCUGCAGAGUAGAGCUGAGGAUGAAUCAACUCGUGAUACUGCUGACACCUCAGCUGAUUUGUUUGGAGAGUUGGUAGAAGAUGAAUUUGAGCGAGCAGCAUUGUUUGGAGAUGAGAAAAGGGGUGGAGCGGAACAUGAUGAUGAUAAGAAGGAAGCCACCAGUGUGAUACCCGAAGGCUUACGCCGAAAGAACAUUCGACACUGGGAGAAACUACUCGAAAAAUUCCUAAAGAGAGGAAUGGUGAAGGAAGCCGUUGACAUGUUAGAGGUUGACUGUCUGAAAGUGCGGCACAUACAUCCAACAGUGUUUAUGUACAGUACUGUGAUAAGUGCCUGUGGAAAAGUAGGUUAUGCUGAUAAGGCCUUCAAACUUUUUAAGAAUAUGAAGGAGAGAGGGUUGAUCCCAAAUGACCACAUCUACACAGCCUUGUUCAACGCUUGUGCCAUUUCACCAUUCAAUGAUGAUUCCCUGCGUAGGGCAAAUUAUCUGAGGCAGGUCAUGUUUCAAAAACAAAUCGUUCCAAAUCAGAAGACCUACCAUGCAAUGAUUAAAGCCUUCUCGAUGAAGGGAGACAUGUCAACAGCCUUCCAGAUUGUAGAUGAGAUGCUGGAAGCUGGAAUGAUGCCAAAUGAGGAAACAUAUAAUCAUCUUCUGCUUGCUUGUCUGGGUGCACGUGAUGUUGGAUUUAAAUAUGCCAUACAGGUGUGGAGAAAAAUGGUGCGGCAGCGUGUUAAACCAACACUUCAGUCCUACAACAUUCUGCUUGGAGUGGUGCGUCUGUGUGGCUUAGGUGAUUCUCAGUCAGCAAAUAAACUGCUAGAGCUGGACGACGUGGUGAGCAAAGCAAAGGAUAAUAAACGGUUAGAAAAGCCCAGGAUGGUAACAGUGGAGCCUGUGUCAUAUGAUAGCACGUUGCAACGGGGUCACACAUCCAGCGUGGAAACUAGUGACAGGGAUCCCACGUUGACGGCAAGUUACACAGCAUCAGACAUUGGAAGUCACUCGGUAGAUGGUGGAACUCAGGAUGAGGUUGGCAGGACUAGUAAUGAACAAAAUAACUUGCACACAAGGUCCUUGGAACCAAAGAGCUGCGUAGCACUAGCAAAGAUGAAGCUUCCGAACCUCCUCAGUCCGUCGCUGACGGAUCUACAGGAUGUCGUCUCCAUUGGGGCAGUGAAAACUGCACAGGACAGACUCAUGUUGCUCGGUGAAAUGGCAGGCUUUCUCAAACAUAUGCGCAAAAACAAGGUGCAGCCAGACGAUAGGACCUUCGUGAAGCUGGUGGAGAUUAUCCCCUCGGAUUCAGAAACAGAGAUGGCUCUGCUGAGUUUCAUGGAGAGUCACAAGGUCAAGCCAACCUUGGAACUCUUCAACUGGCUGAUUAGAAAGCGCAACUAUCGGAACGACUUUGAGAGUGCGAAGGAAGUACUGGCUCUAAUGCAUCAGCAUGGUUGCCAUCCUAACAUUGCAACCUUUGGUUCGCUCGCGACUGGCUGCAGCAAACAGUCACAGGCCCUGCAACUGUUGCAAGAUAUUGAUCUCGCUGGCAUGAGUCCAAACAUCGAGAUCCUUGGGGCGCUGAUCCACAAGGCCUGCAUGGCGAAGAGCUUCUUCUACCUAAUACGGCUCUGCAGGCAGAUGGACAAGCUUGAUAUCGCGCCUGACAAGCGCUGCAUAGUCGACAUAGAACAGCUGAUCCACUAUACAAAGUUCAACAUUGUUCGAAUGGAGAAGGGGAUGCCAGUCCCCAGUGUGUACCGGAAGCCCUGGUUGAAGGACGGAUUUCGUACGUUCAUGCUGUUCUACGCUGAAUGGCUCGUGCAGACGUCUGUGCGUGUGGACCCUCAUCCGUGGGACACCUACAGACGCAAGGAGGAUGAGCCGGUCACCGAGCCAUCAGGCCGACUCAUGCGCCAGCACUAUGAGGCAUUGAACAGCCUGGAAGAUGCACACAGGGAGACACACAGAGAGAAGCAUCUGCAGCCAGCACCAGCGCAGCCGCGCCGGCAGGUUGUCAGGCCGACCAAGCAAAAGUUGCUUCAUCAGAAGGCUAGGAGAUAGCCUUAUGUAGUGCAGUAGACUACAAUAUCUCAAUAUUCUUAUUUAAAGUAUUAGUCACUGAUCACGUGAUCACAAUCACUGAUAUGUGUAAUUGACUGUAACUUCUCAUUUUCGCACUAUAAGGCUAGAUAAAUUUGAAACUUAUUACUUUUACAAACAGUUUAUAAGUACACAAUCACCUAGCUCUAGUACUAUAGCCCGCGUUCGAUUAACUGCCGCAGGGCUAUAGCACAUUGUCGGCUGGAAACA